GUUCAGAACUAACAAAGCACAACACCAGCUACCCCGGGCGGGAGUAAUCAGGUGUAUCGUGUUCAUCCUUUUUAGAGACGAAGCAGCUACGGUCCAUUGGCAUCCAAAGACGGCAACGGCCCUGCACGCCUCUGUCAACGUGCGGCGGCGUGCCUCAGCUAGAUGGGAUGGGCCGACCACAAUCAUUUUUUGGCCCACGCGGCCGGAAUGGGUGUAGCUGUAAUUUGCCCUUUUCAGCCGUGCGAGCGCCCUGUAUAUAACAGGGCAAAGGCCAAAGGGCAUCGGUCUGGUUUUUCCUCCGCGUCGCCGCCUUCAUCACCCUGCAACGAUCUCCUUGCAACGACCACAACCAUUUUUUUUGUUGCUUUGUUUUUCGAGUCGCUAUGCUCACGUAGGGUGAAAUCUUGUUCUCGUUUCUUCGAUUGGUUUACUUCAAGACGUUCUCUGCUCGGGCACUCUUCGAGUUUUGAAAGUUCUGAAGCCCUGGUCGCAGCUGUGCGCAUCCUGGCUUUGGUUACCGAAGAGAUGCGAGAUCAUACACCUGGACCUCUGGACAUGCGUCUUCUUUCUAUAGCUCCUCGCGUUUUCUCUCGUGGGUCCAACAAUUCCCUUCCCUUACACUUGUGAAUAACGAGAUUUGUUGUUGGUUGUUUGCAUCUAUUUUUGUUGUUGUUUUUCUCUAAAUGAUUUUGUUUGGAUUAAUCAGUUAUAUCUUGAAUCCGUGACGACGA